AUGAUUGAUGCCACCACUGGUUAUGAGGCGAUGUCAUUCAUGGACGGUUCUUCUAGCUAUAAUCAAAUCCGCAUGGCACCAAAGGAUGAAGAAUUCACCGCAUUUCGCACACCUAAGGGUAUUUAUUACUACAAAGUGAUGCCAUUUGGUUUAAAGAAUGCUGGUGCCACAUAUCAAGGGGCUAUGCAAAAUAUAUUUGAUGACUUACUCCAUAAAAAUAUUGAAUGUUAUGUUGAUGACUUGGUGGCAAAGUUGAUAAAAAGGGUUGAUCAUUUGAAAGACUUAAGAAUGGUGUUUGAGUUGCUCCGAAGAUAUCAACUAAGAAUGAAUCCAUUGAAAUGUACCUUCAGAGUUACUUCUGGAAAGUUCCUUGGCUUUAUUGUGAGACAUCGAGGAAUUGAAAUUGAUCAAGCCAGAGUUGAUGCAAUAUCGAAGAUGCCUGAUCCUCAAAAUAUUCAUGAGUUAAAAACAAUGCCUUUAAAAGUAUCAAAUAAACCUCCAGUUUUGGCAACCCCUAUACCUGGAAAGCCAUUGAUACUCUACAUUGCGGCACAAGAAAGUUGUGACUUGGCACUUGUCUUCUCAAUUCAAAAGAUGAAGCAUUAUUUUCGAGCACAUGUUGUCCACCUCAUUUCUAGAGCAAAUCCCAUCAAGUUUGUUAUGUCAAAACCUGUCCUUAGUGACCGACUAGCAAGAUGGUACCUCCAAUUCCAACAAUUUGAGAUUGUGUACAUCCUUCAGAAAGUUGUGAAGGGGCAAGCAUUAGCGGAUUUCUUGGUAGACCAUCCGAUACCCGAUGAUUGGGAGUUAAUUGAUGAUCUUCCUGAUGAAGAUGCGAUGUCUAAUGAAAUUCAACCUCCUUGGAAAAUGUACUUUAAUGGGGCUGCACAUCGUGGUAGAGCUGGCGCUGACAUAGUGUUCAUCACUUCGCAAGAAGAGAUUUAUGAGGUGAAGAAACCCAAAUUGCGUCAUUAUCAUGACUAUGCUCAAAGGUUGAUAGGAUGGCUUAGAGAUGUAACCCUUCAACAUGUACGUAGAACGGAAAAUAAGAAAACUGAUGCAUUGGCUUCCCUAGCUUCAACGCUAACCCUUUCUGAUCAAAUGCAAGUUACUAUUUGUCAAAGAUGGAUAGUACCACCGCCAAAUGAGGAAGAAUAUAUAGAAAAUGAGCUUGAGCACCUCGUUGCCAUUUCUGAAGCCGUAAAGGAAGAUUGGAGACAACCCAUUAUUGAUUACAUGUGUUAUGGAAUACUUCUAGAAAAUCUAAGGAGAAGGACUCACAUUCGUCGUAGUGCACCUCCCUUCUUUUACUACAAGGACACAUUAUAUAAAAGAUCAUUUGAGGGUAUACUAUUACGAUGUUUGGGAGAGGAAGAACCAAUUCAAGCUCUGCAAGAAGCACACUCAGGAGUAUGUGGAUCACAUCAAUCUGGACCGAAACUCCACUUUCACAUAAAGAGGAUGGGGUAUUAUUGGCCAACUAUGGUGAAGGAUUGCUUAGAAUAUGCUCGGACGUGUGGCGCUUGCCAAUUUCAUGCGAAUUUCAUACAUCAGCCACCCGAAGUAUUGCACCCAACUAUUGCAUCUUGGCCAUUUGACGCUUGGGGAUUGGAUGUUGUGGGGCCACUACCAAAAUAUUCUGGUGGACACUUGUACAUCUUGGCUGCAACAGAUUGCUUCUCAAAAUGGGUUGAAGUUGUCGCUCUUAAAGAAGUGAAGAAAGAGAAUGUUGCAAAUUUUAUCUGA